AAAUUUCUUAACUCCCAACUCUGUCGCCACUACUCUCUCCUUUCAAUUUCUCUCCCCUUCACACUGCCCCUUAUGUUCUCUGUUUCUAAUCCAUAAUCAGUUUCCCUCCUUCCUUCCUUCCUUCAUUUCCCUUCCUCUCUUCCAAAAUGCCGGCCGUGGGAAUCGCCACCGGUGGCAGUAAAAAGGCGUAUCCGGGGAAUCUUACUCUUUACGUCACCGUAACAUGUAUCGUCGCCGCCAUGGGUGGGCUGAUUUUCGGCUACGAUAUUGGAAUUUCAGGUGGGGUAACUUCGAUGGAUUCAUUCUUGAAGAAGUUUUUCCCGUCGGUGUUCAGGAAGAAGCACGCGAACGAAACGACCAACCAGUACUGUCAGUACGACAGUGAGACGUUGACGUUGUUCACGUCGUCACUGUACUUGGCGGCGUUGUUGUCGUCGUUGGUGGCGUCGACGGUCACGCGUACAUUUGGCCGGAAAUGGUCUAUGUUGCUUGGUGGUGUGCUGUUUUGUGCAGGUGCUAUCAUCAAUGGCGCUGCUAAGGCCGUUUGGAUGCUUAUUCUCGGUCGUAUUUUGCUUGGUUUUGGCAUCGGCUUUGCCAAUCAGUCAGUGCCAUUGUACCUGUCUGAAAUGGCUCCAUACAAAUACAGAGGAGCCCUCAACAUUGGUUUUCAACUGUCAAUCACAGUCGGGAUUCUAAUAGCCAAUGUGUUGAACUAUUUCUUUGCAAAGAUCAAAGGUGGUUGGGGAUGGCGCUUGAGUUUGGGUGGUGCUGUGGUUCCUGCUCUUAUUAUCACGGUUGGUUCGUUGGUCCUCCCCGACACUCCCAACUCGAUGAUUGAACGAGGACGUCACGAUGAGGCUCGACAUCAACUCAAAAGAAUCCGUGGAAUUGAUGACAUUGAUGAAGAGUUCAAUGACCUUGUUGUAGCCAGUGAUGCAUCAAAGCGAGUGGAAAAUCCAUGGACUAAUCUCUUGAAGAAGAAAUACAGACCCCAUCUCACUAUGGCUAUUUUGAUUCCUUUCUUUCAACAGCUCACUGGCAUCAAUGUCAUCAUGUUCUAUGCUCCUGUUCUGUUUGAUACCAUUGGGUUUGGUAGUGAAGCUGCCCUCAUGUCCGCUGUGAUCACUGGUGUUGUUAAUGUUGUUGCUACAAUUGUUUCAAUCUAUGGCGUCGACAAAUGGGGAAGGAGGUUUCUUUUCCUCGAGGGUGGAGUUCAAAUGUUGAUAUGUCAGGCGGUUGUGGCAGCGGCAAUUGGUGCAAAAUUUGGAGUUGAUGGGGAUCCAGGCACUUUACCUAAAUGGUAUGCAAUUGUGGUGGUGCUGUUCAUUUGCAUAUAUGUUGCAGGAUUUGCAUGGUCAUGGGGUCCUCUAGGUUGGCUAGUGCCAAGUGAAAUCUUUCCAUUGGAGAUUCGAUCAGCUGCACAAAGUGUAAACGUUUCUGUCAACAUGUUGUUCACAUUCAUCAUUGCACAAGUCUUCUUGACAAUGCUUUGCCAUUUGAAAUUCGGGUUGUUCAUUUUCUUCGCCUUCUUUGUUCUAGUCAUGUCCAUAUUCGUCUUCUUUUUCUUACCUGAGACAAAAGGCAUUCCCAUUGAAGAGAUGAAUCAAGUCUGGAAGACUCAUUGGUAUUGGAAAAAGUUCGUGCAUGACAAGCAUUUGCCUAAUGAAAAGGGAGUUCAAAUGGGAAAAAAUGGAGGAUAUGUGUAAGUAAAAUGCUCAUUAUAAUUAUUGUGAACACUUUGGGAUUGAGAGUAUGAAUAUAUAUAUUUUUUUCCUAGCCACUAUGAACUUCACAUAUUGUCAAUGACAUUUAGAUUGUGUAAUUAAAUGAAAUGAUGGAAGUUGAUUUUAUUAAUGAAGAAUUAGUCGAUAUGAA